AUGCUGGCGUGUCUGCAGAGACAGAACCAACACCAACAGCUCACGUGUGCUGCCAAGAUCCUGGACGCGCCGCUCUGUCACAAGAGUGAGGUGAUCUCCUUGCGCUGCGCUCGCUACCCAUCUGCAGCUGAUCUGGAUUCCUAUGCGCAAAGAACAAUCAACAGCCCCCUUUCAAUCAAGAUCUUCCCUGUUAACAUCAGGGUCCCGCAGCACAAGCAAAUCAGCAGGACUGUGAACGGCCUGGACACCGGCGACCAGGGCUUGGGCCCGUCCUCGCACCCCUACCAAGGCUUGCUGGCGAUCGUCAAGACUUCCUCCAAAGGUGUGUUGAAGAACGCCGAUGGAAAACGGGCCAAACUUUCCCCAAUGCAGAUGGUGGUGGCUCCGUACGCGCCUCCCAGUAGACACCGGCAGAAUCUGUAUGGCGUUGUGUCCCACGGCGUAAUCCAUCACAUGAGCCGUCCGUCCAAUGUCCUAUCCAGUCCUUCAUUCUUGGCCGCAUCUUGCGCAGACUCGAGUUUCUCCCAGAGCGCUCUGGCAUAUUCUGGAGCUGUUCUGCCUGCUCAAAGCGCAGAUGCGGCCGGUUCAGAUUCCUGGGCGCAGCGGCACUAUCCACAGAUGUAUGGAGCCGAGGUGUCAUACAGAUCACACCCUCCCAGUCGAACCAUUCCAGACAAGGUCCCAUCAUCAUCCCCUGCCAUGCAUGGAGACUUCUCUGUCAGCCAGUUUGCUCACGCUUGGAAUAGCGUGCUCGCAACACCGGAUACUGACUGUUACAACCUUCAGGAGCGCCUCCAUCCGAACUCCCUGUGGACGCAGGAGAAGAGCCUGUGCCAGGCGUCCGUCCUCAGCACCAGCUUGAAGUCUCUGGAGUGUCUCAUCAGCGAGAUCCAGCCGCCCUGCAUCAAGGAGUGCAUGCUGGGACAAGGACGAGGACACGAGCCGCACCUUCAGCUGCCGGUGUUGAGAUCGGACACUUAUAAUGGAGCAGCUGAAAGACACGGGAACUAG